CAAGGCCGCGUCUGCUCAGGUGCGCGCCCCUUCACUCUCCCGCGUCUCUCAGGUGCGCCCUUUUCCUUUCCCGUCCCAGGUUCCAUCUCCUCCAUCCUCUCCGCUAGAAACCCUAGCAGAGGACGCCUGGGAUCUGCUCAAUCUCGCCGCCGACGAGAUGAUGUGGAUGAGUCUCCACGAGCAAGGUAACCACCGGAGCUUCAACGGCGUCAACAUCACGGUCCCAGCACAGAAACCCUCGUCUCCUCCAAUUCGCGCGCCGCCGAAAAACCCUAACCCUAACCCUAAAGGCGGUUACUACACCCCGCUGUUGACUCAACGCCAGGUUCAAGUUGCUCAAGUUCGUUUUCUUACCAAAAUUUAUCAUCCCAAUAUUGACAAGCUUGGAAGGAUAUGCUUUGACAUUUUAAAGGACAAAUGGAGUUCUGCCCUCCAGAAAAGGAGGGUUCUAUUGAGUAUUCAAGCACUUCUUAGUGCGCCAAACCUGGAUGACCCACUGUCGGACAACAUAGCUAAACAUUGGAAGGCCAAUGAAGCAAAAGCUGUUGAAAUCGAUUUUGUAUUCGAAAGAAGUGAAAGCACACCUUUUGUAGGUUGCAGGUGUCAAUAAUUCAAAUAACUCAUCUCCAAACAAUUAUUUUUCGAAUGCAAGUCACGAGCUUGGAGGGAACGAGAUUAUGUAUAGAUGUUAGAUGAGAUUAUGUAUUUUGCUUUACAUUCGAGCUUGGAGGGAACGAGAUUAUGUAUAGAUGUUGGAUGAGAUUAUGUAUUUUGGUUUACAUGUUGAAUUAUAAAGUUUUUAAUAAUGUUAAAGAAUUGUGUUGCUUCUUGUUAA